UGGUUUUUUUUUUUGCUAGAUCUAUAUAACAAUAAUCUUAAGUAGAAUGUUGACUGUUUGUCGAUUGUGUCUUGCAAAGGAUGCCAAUUUCGUUAUCUCCAAUGGCCAAGCAGCCGUGAAAAUUCUAUCUUGCACAGGGCUCGAAGUUGAUCCCAAUGACAAGCUGCCACAACUCAUUUGCAACGUCUGUCGGCUGCAUUUGGAAGAGUUUCAUUAUUUUCGUAGACGUUGUCAUGCUGCCGACCGCCGUCUACGUCAAUUGACACGCCUUGACCGGAAUUUUGACUAUGAGACUGACCUAAUCGAUGGCGACAAGGAGGACGUGCUUUUGUUAAAAGAUGUAGCUAAAUGCUCGCGCACAGCUUGCUCAGAAAGCAACUCGCAUUGGCGCAGAGAGGCAGCUCAGGUAAUUCGCUGUGAAAUAGACACCUAUAAAAGCGAUUUGCUUGCGCUGUGCAAACAGCAAGUGAGAGAGGAGAUUGAACAACAAGUACGCAACGAAGUGGAGAGCCUCAUCCUCACGGACAUCAAAAAGAAAUGUCAGUUAAAAGUGUUGGACGAACUGUUUUAUGAGAUUGAAACUUGGUUUGUGCACAAACGCAACAAUACAGCACGUGCCCAGGCAGGUGGCUCGGACGGUAUUAUGUCAGACAUAGUAGCCGCUGAUCUGGAAAGAGCAUCCAACCUAACGGAUCAAGUUGGCAGGGACUCCGAGCUUAUGACCACCGUAGGCUCCAUUAAUUUGAACGGUAGUGAAGAGAGCCUUGUGGAGGUGCUUGACACUGUUCCAAAUCAAAUACCACAAAAGUCUUCCGUCAGCACGGCUUCCUUUAUGGAACCCAUUCCGACACCAUCAAUAGCUCUUCCAAUGGUUGAAAUCAAUAUGGAAAAUUCACAAUACAGUCACUUGCGCGACGAUGUUAGCACUGCCAAUUUUCUGUCUUUCAAAUGUGUGUCUUCCUUAUCUAAGUCCCCACGAAGAUUGCCCAUAGAUAGUACCCCCCCAAAGAGCCACCAAAAUAUGGAGCCCUCUCCCAAGAAACUGAGGAAUAGCAUUUGCCAAAUACAUGGCAUUGAGGGUUCAAAAGUUCAAAACUGUUAUCGAUGCCGCCUUAGAGGAUCUAUUGAUGCAAAGAAACAUGCUUAAUAGAAUUUAAUAUUUUAUUUUUAUAAAAAAACCUUUUUAAUCGAAUCAAAA